UUCCAUGAAUAUUGAGAAAAGAAGCAAAGCAAACAACGACAGACCACAAGCGAAGAAGAUGAAUCCAGAAAUAGAAUCUGAUGAUGACUUUGAAGGACCAAUAUCAACUCUGAUAAAAAUUAACAAGAAUAGAAAGAGAUUGGUGGUUGAAGAAAGUUCAGAAGAUGAUGACUUUGUUAAGCCACCCCCAAAAAAGAAAAAAGAUGAGAAGAAAGAAGAUAAGAGGAAAUCAAAGAUACAGACAAAAAACAUUCAAAAAAGGUGCAACAACCUAAAACAGAACAUAGGGAGUUCUUCAAAUACAGCAAUGAAGCAAUACUGCUGAGAUGCCAACCUAACUCAUAUAUGGAUACUGUUAGAAGAUUUUCAAAAAAACAGAUUGAUGAUGUGAGGGA